CAGCAAGCGGAGCCAAAGAGCCAAGCAAUCCACAUCUACCCAUUUCUAAGCCGAGAUCGAGUCAGUUGGCUUUUAGCUGUAGGAGAGCGUGGAAGCAGGCCCAGAACCGAAAACGAAACCGAAACCGAAAGACUAAAAACGAAAAACCAGCUGCGAUCGCAUGGGGAGGGGCAUUUAUGUGGAUCUCGGAGGGGCAAGAACUGAAAGCUCAGCAAGUAACCACCAAAGUGGCUAAAAGCAGGGCCAAGAAAAUGUGCUCAGAGCUGACCGUGGAAACGUGAUACCUGCUUAGGAUUGGGCUGAGGGACCACAUGCUCCUCCUGCGCCAGCUGCCACGUUCAAAAUAGAAAGUUGCUGCCAAAGAUGAAAGCGACCGCCGCUAAUGCCACAGAAUGAGCGAAUCGGAACCCAAUAGCCUGGAGUUCAUUGAAGACUCCUAUCUGCCAGGCAUCGAUGAUCUCACCAGCACACCAUCCCUGGAUCUGGAAGCUAGCGAAGCCGUCUUGGACUGGUAUGGAGACGGGCAGGAGGAGAGCGAAGCUGAUUUUUAUCUGCGUAACCUGACUCUGGACCAGAUCUUCUACGAUGUGGAUUCAGACUACUCCAACAGCCUGGAACUGCAGGCAGUGGAGGCGGAGUUCAUUGGCGCCAAGUUGGCCAACCAGGCACCCUCUUCCUCGAUGGCCAAACGCUUCCGGCUAAAGUUCUUCACCAAGCGAAGCAUGCGUGACGUUAAAGUCACGUUCAUAGACUUCUCCAAGCCAUAUCUGGCCAAAAUAUCGAACAGUGAUAACUACAAGAGAUUUCUCAACAUUGGGCAUAGAAGUAGAGAUAAUACAGCCAAUCUGUCGGACCCAGCAUCUCCAGCAGCUUCUGUGGCAUCCGCAGAAAUUGCCGCCGAGUUCGCUGCGCUUUCCGUGGAGGAGAAGGAGCAGCGUCGGGCUGAUUGGACUCAGGAACUGGCCCGCGUUGAGGAGGAGAUCAACACGCUGCGCACCGUCCUCGCCUCGAAGACGCGCCAUGCCUCCGAUCUCAAGCGCAAGCUGGGCAUUACCGUCUGGAAGGAGGUGACGGACGACAUGAACCAGGGCAUCAAGAACCUUAAAGAGAGCACUGUUUACCAAUCGGUGGAGCAGAGCGUGGGCACGUUUACUAAAGCCGUGCACGAGGCACCCCUAUACCAACGCACGGAGUCUGUGCUCAAGUCCACGGGCGAGAAGACCGCCUCGGUGUUUGGCAGCAUCACCAGUGGCAUUUCGUCGAAACUGUCGCAAAUGAAAAACUCCGAGUCGAUGCGUUCUAUCGAGGCUUCGGUGGGCUCUGCCUACGAGAACGUUAAAGUAAGCUAUGAACACAACAAUUUUAUGUGCCAAUCUCAUGCGACCAAGGUGACAUCCCGCUCGGGUUCGGUAUCCAGUUUUCCAGACGCCUUGGACGAGAACAACACAUCCUCGGGCCUGAAUUCACCCACAGACUCACUUACUAAAUAGAUUUCGGGACAACUCCGAAGCUAAGCUAAGCGCGUCGAUAUAGUGGAGGAACCUAUACUACACACAAACAGACCCACGCACCCACUCUAAUAACUUAUUAAACUAAUGCGAAUUGUCGUGUCUGCGCACUAACAACAGGAUCAGAAUUUAAUUACCCACAGAUCAUAUGCGUGUGUAGUCGUUACGGUAUAUAUAACUUGAAUUAACUAAAACUUGUGCGUCAUAUUUGGCCAAAGGGAGCACAUAUUAUAUGCAUCUAUUUGUAUUUGCCUGUGAGACACCAUCGAACUGCAUGAUUAUUUUAAACUUUAAGCCGAUGAGGAGCGUAGAUCGGAGGGCUUGCUGCAUUCAUUUAAAUAACUAUCGAUCUAAUUGUAAAUUUAGAGACUAAACCAUUUUGUUGGGUAUCCACAAGUUGUCAUUCCCAAAUGUUUCCAAUAUUUUGUAAAAACUUUGGCGGAACAAGCAUUGCAGUUAAAGUAUAUAUACAAUUGUUUUACACUUUUAUUUCUUCUCUAGGCGUUCAGUUCCUUGGUUAGAUGGCGUUCCCGAUCCUGAUUAAAAAGCCAAUUCCAAAAUUAUUUAGAACUACUUAUAUAUUUGAAUUACGAUCAGAGCUUGCGUGCAAAAUAAUAAAAAUCCAUUGGUAAUUUUAAGAGGGUUGAACCCUUACUGCUAAAGAGAGAGGAAGAUCGCACCCGAUUUGUUGCUAAUGCUGAUUUGCUAUAUGUGUAUGGAAUCUUUGAAUAAAUGCAAAAUUUUUUGCCCCAUAAAAAA